CUCUAUCCGAAAAAAAAAAAAAAAAAUCAAAAAAUCAAAAUCAGAAAAAACCAGUCUGUGUCUCUUUGAUACUAUUCUCAUUCCCAGUGACAAAGGGAGCUAAAGAAAUGCUUCUCUCUCUUGUACGCACCACCACCUUCUUCACAUCACCCUUUCAAUCCAAAACCCAUCCCACUUUGCUGCCCAAAACCUUCUUUCCUGACUUCCAAACUGAACCCACCAAAGCCCUCAAAAGAUUACUUUCUUUGAGUAAAAGAUCACACACUGACAGAACUAACAAGUCCACACUCACUACUCAUGCUUCUCUGCUUGAGGCUCCUGUUCUAUGGGCUGGUAGGCUUUGCAUCUUCUAUGUCCUCUUGAAGACUGGCUUAGCUGGAUCUCAAUCAAACCCACUUGUCUCAGAGUUGGAACGUGGUGGUGCUGGUGAAGGUGAAUCUGAUGAUUUGGGUUUCUCCAAGUGGUUGGGGAGUAUACAAGGGAAACCAGUGAAAGAAGCAGCUGAUAGAAGCAAACUGGUAAGCAAAUGGCAUCCUACAACAAAAGGUACACUUAAAAGGAGCUAUAGAGUGGCCUCUAAAUCUGAGGGGCGGCGCCUACUUAAGGCCAUUGCAUCCCUAUUGUCGGAUGAUGAUCACUUUGUGGAUGCCACUUCCCACAAGGGUUGUCAAAUUAGGAGGCAGAGUGCUCAUGGAGAAAGUGUUUGUUGCAACAAUGUGAGGGCUCUGUUUGAUGAGCUCCCAACACCCCACCUAUUUGUAGAAAUCACUCCUUUUCCAGCUGGGCCUCUCACAGAAAAGGACUACGCGAAGGCUGAGAAACUUGAGAGGGUGCUCAAAUCUAGUCCUUCUGUUUAAGGCAUCUUUGAUAACAAGGCACUUCACUUUGUAUAUAGUAAAUAAAUAUCAUCUACUUUUCUCUUUGACAAAUACACUAACUCCGUACUGGCUACCUUCAAGGCUCAAUUUUCAUCUUUCAAAA